AUGUCAGAGUCAGAGGAGAAUGGAGAGGGGCCCCCCAAGGAUCUGUCCCCCUUGGCCGAGGCCAUGGGGCAGCCCCUGGGCUGGGGGUCCAGCGACGGCCCCGGGGGGGCUGCGGGCGGGGGGACCCCCCCGGGGCAGCGGCAGCGCCGCCCCCCCCACCCCAAGCACAAGGGCCAGGGGGGCACCGGGGGCGUCCAUCGCUCCCCCCGCGCCCUCUUCUGCCUCCGCCUCAACAACCCCAUCCGCCGGGCGGCCAUCAGCAUCGUGGAGUGGAAGCCCUUCGACAUCCUCAUCCUCGCCACCAUCUUUGCCAACUGCGUGGCCCUGGGGGUCUACAUCCCCUUCCCCGAGGACGACUCCAACACCUCCAACCACAACCUGGAGCAGGUGGAGUACGUGUUCCUCAUCAUCUUCACGGUGGAGACGUUCCUGAAGAUCAUCGCCUACGGGCUGGUGCUGCACCCCAGCGCCUACAUCCGCAACGGCUGGAACCUGCUGGACUUCGUCAUCGUCAUCGUGGGGCUGUUCAGCGUGAUCCUGGAGCAGGUGUCCCACAAGCCGGGCGAUGCCCACCACAUGAGCGGCAAGCCGGGCGGCUUCGACGUCAAGGCCCUGCGCGCCUUCCGCGUGCUGCGCCCGCUGCGCCUCGUCUCCGGCGUCCCCAGCCUCCACAUCGUGCUCAACUCCAUCAUGAAGGCCAUGGUGCCGCUGCUGCACAUCGCGCUGCUCGUGCUCUUCGUCAUCAUCAUCUACGCCAUCAUCGGCCUCGAGCUCUUCAUCGGCCGCAUGCACAAGACCUGCUUCUUCAUCGGCUCUGACCUGGAGUCGGAGGAUGACCCCUCUCCCUGCGCCUUCUCGGGGCACGGCCGCGCCUGCCUGCAGAACAACACCGAGUGCCGCGGCCGCUGGGAGGGGCCCAACGGCGGCAUCACCAACUUCGACAACUUCUUCUUCGCCAUGCUCACCGUGUUCCAGUGCAUCACCAUGGAGGGCUGGACCGACGUGCUCUACUGGAUGCAGGACGCCAUGGGCCACGAGCUGCCCUGGAUUUACUUCGUCAGCCUCGUCAUCUUCGGCUCCUUCUUCGUCCUCAACCUGGUGCUGGGGGUGCUGAGCGGGGAAUUCUCCAAGGAGAGAGAGAAGGCCAAGGCCCGCGGGGACUUCCAGAAGCUGCGGGAGAAGCAGCAGCUGGAGGAGGAUCUGCGGGGCUACAUGGACUGGAUCACCCAGGCCGAGCUGGAGGGCGACGAGGAGGAGGGGGAGCAUGAGAAGCACCGUCUGACCGCCGAGGACCUGAUGGGGAAGCGGAAGCCGCGGCUGAAGUGGCUGCGCCACGCGAGUCACUCCACUGACACCCACGCCAGCCUCCCGGGCAGCGAGACCACCUCGGUGAACACGGAGACCGUGGGGGAGGAGGAGGCGCCGCCGACCGCCUGUGACCGCUGCCUGGGCAAAAUUACAAAGACAAAAUUCUGUCGCCGCCUGCGCCGCCUGAACCGCCUGUGGCGCCGGCGCUGCCGCGCGGCCGUGAAAUCCGUGUCCUUCUACUGGACCGUGCUGCUGCUCGUGUUCCUCAACACGCUGACCAUCGCCUCCGAGCACCACGGGCAGCCGCCCUGGCUCACCGAGACACAGGCGUACGCCAACAAGGCGCUGCUGUCGCUGUUCGCCGCCGAGAUGGUGCUGAAGCUCUACGCGCUCGGCCCCUCGUGCUACUUCGCCAGCUUCUUCAACCGCUUCGACUGCUUCGUGGUGUGCGGCGGCGUGCUGGAGACCGCGCUGGUGGAGCGCGGCGCCAUGGAGCCGCUCGGCAUCUCCGUGCUGCGCUGCGUGCGCCUGCUGCGCGUCUUCAAGGUCACCCGGCACUGGGCAUCACUGAGCAACCUGGUGGGGUCCCUGCUGAACUCCAUGAAAUCCAUCGCCUCCCUGCUGCUGCUGCUCUUCCUCUUCAUCAUCAUCUUCGCUCUCCUGGGCAUGCAGCUCUUCGGGGGCCGCUUCAGCUUCGAUGAGACCCAGACCAAGCGCAGCACCUUCGACACCUUUCCGCAGGCCCUGCUCACCGUGUUCCAGAUCCUGACGGGGGAGGAUUGGAACGCGGUGAUGUACGAUGGGAUCAUGGCCUACGGUGGCCCCGUGUUCCCCGGGAUGCUCGUCUGUGUCUACUUCAUCAUCCUCUUCAUCUGCGGGAACUACAUCCUCCUCAACGUCUUCUUGGCCAUCGCCGUGGACAACCUGGCGGAUGGUGACAACAUCAACUCGGGGGGGGACAAAAAGGACAAGGCUGGGGAGGCAGAGGCGGGGACGGAGAGCCAGGAUGUGGCUGUGAAGGUUGAGGGGGAUCAGCCGCAGGAGGAAGAGGAGGAGGAGGAGGAGGUGGAGGAAGGUGAGUGUGACGAGGAGGCCGGGGGGGAGCGUGACAGCCUGGGGAGGGCCCGGCUGGAGUCCCUGGAGGAGGCCCCCAAGACCAAGGUGACCCCGAUCCCCGAGGGCAGCGCCUUCUUCGUGCUGAGCAGCACCAACCCGCUGCGGGUGAAGUGCCACGCCCUGAUCAACCACCACAUCUUCACCAACCUCAUCCUCGUCUUCAUCAUCCUCAGCAGCAUCUCCCUGGCCGCAGAGGACCCCGUGCGCGCCCACUCGCCCCGCAACCACAUCCUGGGCUACUUCGACUACGCCUUCACCUCCAUCUUCACCGUGGAGAUCCUGCUCAAGAUGACGGUGUUCGGUGGAUUCCUGCACAAAGGCUCCUUCCUCCGCAACUGGUUCAACCUCCUGGACGUGCUGGUGGUCGGCGUCUCCCUCAUCUCCUUCGGCAUGCACUCCAGCGCCAUCUCGGUGGUGAAGAUCCUGCGGGUCCUGCGCGUCCUGCGGCCUCUGCGAGCCAUCAACCGCGCCAAGGGCCUCAAGCACGUGGUGCAGUGCGUGUUCGUGGCCAUCCGCACCAUCGGGAACAUCAUGAUCGUCACCACGCUGCUGCAGUUCAUGUUCGCCUGCAUCGGGGUGCAGCUCUUCAAGGGCAAGUUCUACAGCUGCACUGACGAGGCCAAGCACACGCCAGGAGAGUGCAAGGGGACAUUCCUGGUGUACAAGGACGGGGACGUGUCCCACCCGUCGGUGCGGGAGCGCCUCUGGCUCAACAGUGACUUCAACUUCGACAAUGUCCUGGCGGGGAUGAUGGCCCUGUUCACCGUGUCCACCUUUGAGGGGUGGCCAGCGCUGCUGUACAAGGCCAUCGACGCCAACGCCGAGAACCAGGGGCCCAUCUACAACUACCGUGUGGAGAUCUCCAUCUUCUUCAUCGUCUACAUCAUCGUCAUCGCCUUCUUCAUGAUGAACAUCUUCGUGGGCUUCGUCAUCAUCACCUUCCGCGCGCAGGGCGAGAGCGAGUACCGCAACUGCGAGCUCGACAAGAACCAGCGGCAGUGUGUGGAGUACGCGCUGAAGGCACAGCCGCUGCGCCGUUACAUCCCCAAGAACCGCACCCAGUACCGCGUGUGGGCCAUGGUCAACUCCACCGCCUUCGAGUACAUCAUGUUCGUCCUCAUCCUGCUCAACACCAUCGCCCUGGCCGUGCAGCACUAUGAGCAGUCCAAGCCCUUCAACUACGUGAUGGACCUGCUCAACAUGGUGUUCACGGGGCUCUUCACCGUGGAGAUGGUGCUCAAGAUCAUCGCCUUCAAACCCCGGGUACGCCGCAGGGGUGUCACGGGACGGGGGUCACACAAGGGGUGACACAAGGGGGGUCAUAGACAGGGGGUCCUCACCACCUCCCUCCCACCCCAGCAUUACUUCUGCGAUGCCUGGAACACCUUUGAUGCCCUCAUCGUGGUGGGCAGCGUGGUGGACAUCGCCGUCACCGAGGUCAACAGCUCAGAGGACAGUUCCCGCAUCUCCAUCACCUUCUUCCGGCUCUUCCGCGUGAUGCGGUUGGUGAAGCUGCUCUCCAAGGGUGAGGGCAUCCGCACCCUGCUCUGGACCUUCGUCAAGUCCUUCCAGGCCCUGCCCUACGUCGCUCUGCUCAUCGCCAUGAUCUUCUUCAUCUAUGCCGUCAUCGGGAUGCAGACCUUCGGGAAGGUGGCGCUGCAGGACGGGACCCAGAUCAACCGCAACAACAAUUUCCAGACCUUCCCCCAGGCCGUGCUGCUGCUCUUCAGGUGUGCCACGGGGGAGGCGUGGCAGGAGAUCAUGCUGGCCAGCCUGCCGGGCAAGCGCUGCGACCCCGAGUCGGACGCGGGCCCGGGGGAGGAGUUCACCUGCGGCAGCAACUUCGCCAUCGCCUACUUCAUCAGCUUCUUCAUGCUCUGCGCCUUCCUGAUCAUCAACCUGUUCGUGGCUGUGAUCAUGGACAACUUUGAUUACCUGACACGCGACUGGUCCAUCCUGGGCCCGCACCACCUGGACGAGUUCAAGCGCGUGUGGUCCGAGUACGACCCCGCAGCCAAGGGCCGCAUCAAACACCUGGACGUGGUGACGCUGCUGCGCCGGAUCCAGCCCCCACUGGGCUUUGGGAAGCUCUGCCCACACCGCGUGGCCUGCAAGCGCCUGGUGGCCAUGAACAUGCCCCUCAACUCGGACGGGACCGUCACCUUCAACGCGACGCUCUUCGCUCUGGUCCGCACCUCCCUCAAGAUCAAGACGGAAGGGAACCUGGAUGUGGCCAACAAGGAGCUUCGGGCUGUGGUGAAGAAGAUCUGGAAGAGGACGAAGCCGAAGCUGCUGGACGAGGUCAUCCCCCCACCCGAGGAGGAGGAGGUCACCGUCGGGAAGUUCUACGCCACUUUCCUGAUCCAGGACUAUUUCCGCAAGUUCCGGCGGCGGAAGGAGCGGGGGAUGCUGGGCGCUAACGCAGGCCCCAGCAACGAGUGUGCGCUGCAGGCAGGGCUGCAGACACUGCAGGCUCUGGGCCCUGAGAUGCGCCGGGCACUGAGUGACCUGGAGGGGGACGAGGGCGGGGACGCCCCUUCGGAGGAGCCGCUCACCUACGCAGCCCCCGAGACGCUCUACGGCUCCGCCCCCGGCUCCCCCCUGCUCUCGGAGCCGCCCCCCGUCCCCAGCCCCGCGCCCACCGAACGGGAGGACCCCGCGCCCCCCUCCCACGGGGGAGCCCCCCGCCCUGGCGGCAGGCGGCGCUCCGACGCGGGGGACCAGGAGGAGGAAGCCCCCGCCGAGGAUGCGGAGGAGCCGGGAGGGGAGCCGGGGGAUGUCAGCCACGACGAGGACCUGGAGAGCUCGGCACCGGCCCGGCGCCGCUGGGUCGGGGACAGGGCACCGGGACCCCCGCGCUGGGCGGCGGAGCUGCCCCGGGGGGGGUCGCUGCCGCUGCCCCCCCGGCACUUCGCGUUCGGCAGCGGCGCUCGCGAGGGGCAGCAGCUGAAACGGCGCCGGCUCCUGCCCCCCACCCCCGCGGGCCGGAAGCCCUCCUUCACCAUCCAGUGCCUGCGGCGCCAGGGUAGCUGCGAGGACGAGCCCAUCCCGGGCACUUACAACCCCUCGGGCCCGCCCGGCCCUGCCCGGCCGCAGGGCUACGGCAGCUCCGAGACCUGGCGCCUGGGGGGCUCCUCGCAGGCCUGGGCGGCCCCGGCCCGCGGGCACGUUCUGUACGCGCCGCUCAUCCUGGUGGAGGGGGCUCCGGCGGCGGGGGCGGGCGGCAGCCUGCCGCCCCUCAACCGCUGGUUCCCCCCCGCGCCGCUGCGCCUGCGGCCCUGCGGGCCCCACGAUGCCCUGGCCCGAGGCUCGGCUGACAGCCUGGUGGAGGCCGUGCUGAUCUCGGAGGGGCUGGGGCUGUUCGCCCGCGACCCCAAGUUCGUGGCGGUGGCCAAGCGCGAGAUCGCGGACGCGUGCGACAUGACGAUGGACGAGAUGGAGAGCGCGGCCACAGACCUGCUGACCCGGCGCCGCGCUCCGCCCGCGCCCACGCCCGCCGUCUACAGCGACGAGGAACCGCUGCGGCCGCCGGCGGAGGAGGAGCUGGCGGACGAGAUGGGCUGGGCCGGCGGGGUCUAGAACCCGGCACCGCGGAGCCGGACGGGCUGGCUCUAGAACCCGGCACCGCGGGUGCGAGCAGGCCGGCUCUAGAACCCGCCACAACGGGCCGGGACGGCCUGGAUCUAGAACCCGGCACCGCGAAUGUGAGCAGGCUGGCUCUAGAACCAGGGGACGUGAGGCCGGCUCUAGAACAU